AUGGAGGUUCCGCCUCUGCCUCCCGGGCCUGCCUUGCUAGAGCUACUGUUGCUACUGGCCGAGCAUAGGUCUUCGUACAUAUGGGAGGGGCAAUUAUUGGCCCAGACGUUCCGUGCUAGAAGAGUAGACGAUAUGUGGGACUUUCUUAGGGACCACCAUCUCCAUCCCCAUAUAGUCAGACGCCUUCAGGAUACGGGUUUCUAUAGGAUUAUUGAGAUUGGCCAGCUGCAGCUAUAUUGGUCGUUGAUCACGACUUUGAUAGAGCGGUGGCGACCGGAGAUGCACACAUUUUAUUUAUCCAUUGGCGAGGCUACUAUUACGUUUCAGGACGUAGAGGUUCUGUAUGGGCUGCCGGUUGAUGGACAUCCUGUAGCUUUACCGCAUGAUAUCAGAGAUUAUACGGGAUUGCAAUAUCUGGAGAUGUUGCAAAGGCUCAUCGAUUUUCGGCCAGCGAAUGAGGCUGCAUUGGUUGGGGCUAGUCGUAUGCAGUUGACGCCCGUCCGGCUGCAUCUGGAGGCGAUACAUGCGGACAUUACGGAUGAUACACCGGAUCUUCAUAUUAACUAG